AUGGAUCGUGCCAAAGUUGACGCUCGUCCAUUUGAAAUGCUCUAUAUUGACCCUCUCAUCCAAUUGAAGGGCGGUGCCUUCAUAACUCGGAAAAAUGGGGAAAAGCUAGGCCAGGUGCCACCUCAGGUCCUCACCGACGCCAACCCAGUCAACCUUGAGACUUUGACCCCGGUAGUGAAGACAACCCCCCGUGGAAUUGACAUGGAAAAUGCUAAACUCGAGGACGUUACUUCCCUGUCAGUCGUGUACGCUGAGACCCAACCCUCGAAGAUCGGCGCAGCGUUCGAUAGUCUCUGGGAGUCGAACAGACUUAUCAACGAGUGCCUCGAAGGCUUGAGGAACGAUAAGCUGGAGAGAGAGAAACAGCAGAAGAAGGAGAAGGAGGCGGCGGAGAAACAGCAGAAGAAGGAGGCGGAGGAGAGGGAGAAACAGCAGAAGGAGCAAGAGGCACGGUUCCUUGCGAUGGAGAAACGCUUCGCUGGAGUAGCUGUGCUGGAGACAACGGUAGCUGCGCUGGAGACAACGGUAGCUGCGCUGGAGAAGAAAUACGACAAGGACACCAAGUAUCUCAAGGAUGAAAUUGCUGCUCGCGACUUCAAAAUCGAGGCUCUCGAAACGAAGGUUGAAUCUCAGGCAGCUAAGAUUCUUGGCCUGGAGGCUGAGGUCCGUACCCUGAACCAGGCUCGGCAUGAUGACCAGGAGGCUUACAGAGUCCUGAUCGCACGCAUCCAGCCUCUGUUCCUCAUUGUCCCAAUCAAUCUCCCAGAUAGGGAAGCUGUUGAGGUGGGACAAUGCAGGAGAGGCAUUGGGCAAUUCCUUCUGAAAGGGGGUUUCCUUGGAUUUGGACUGUCGCACAGCUACUAUCCAAUGGACUACAAGACAGACACACUCUCUGAGAUACAGAAGCACCUCAGAGGACCCAACUUGGUCCUCAAGGAUGUGUGCAACUUGCUUGUGCUCUUGGUCUUGCUGAAGAUGUUAUAUAAUGGCUAUGAUGAAAGUACUGCUUGCCUCCUGGAUCACUUUGUGAAGUUUGACGAUAUUGAUGCAUAUAACAUUGAUGGGGAUGUCAUUCACUGGCUUGUGAAACAUGACAAGGGAGAGAUGGUGUACGAUCCCAGUGACAAGGAUUUUGAUGUCAACAAUGGCAAGCACUCCCCGGUCGUAUGGAUCUGUUGA